GCAUGUGACUGAUGACAAUACUGAAACAUGGAGGCUUUGUAUAUCGAGUAGCGAGAAAUGUGGCCGGUUGGUUUCCAUGCUAAGAUCAACUUGGGUGUCCUAUGAAGGGGUUUAGUAAGUGAAUUACCGCUAACGUUACUUCUAGUCAUUUUUUUUUUAAGUCAGAGUAUAGUUUGCGUAAGGUGUAGCAGCAAGUUUACGUCGGUUUUAUCUUGAAGUUUCGUGCAGUUUGCCUUAUUAGACGAGUUACAGUUAAUUAAAUGCGCUACAUAAACAGGGAUGUCAUGCUUUAAACCUCGAGAAAAUUUCCGGAAGACAAGCAGCGUGAAAUUUUACAUUAACUUUUUUUUCCUCCUUGACCGAAAUUAUUCACACAGUUAUUGUGUGAUUUUAUAAUUUAAAUCGACUCGAUUGGGCGAAAAGAUCGAUGCAUUUCAGGCAGGGUAACUGAGGACACUAACUUAAUUUGAGUUGCAGCUGAAUAGGGAUCAGAUUCGCUCGAGUCAUUUGGGUUUUCCAGUCAAAAUGCUGCUGUCUCUGGUCGUGCACACGUACUCGUUGCGGUACUGGCUUCCAGCGGCGGUGAUGAUAGGCACUGCUCCUGCUUAUCUGCUGUCCUGGAGCGCCUGGCGGCUACUGUCCACUGUACUACCGUCCAAUCUCUAUCACACUGUGGAUGACUGUGUAUAUUCAGCGUAUCAGAGUAUGGUCUUGUUCUUCUUCGAGAAUUACACAGGAGUGGAGACUGUCAUUUAUGGGGACAUACCAGAGAAGAAGGAGAAUGUGGUUUACCUGUCAAACCAUCAAUCCACAGCUGAUUGGAUCAUUGCCGACAUGUUAGCGAUUCGACAAAAUGCACUUGGACACGUUAGAUAUGUCCUGAAAGAUGGUCUGAAGUGGCUUCCUUUGUAUGGAUGGUAUUUCUCACAGCAUGGAGGUGUGUAUGUGAAGAGAAGUGCCAACUUUGAUGAGAAAGCCAUGAAAAAGAAAUUAUCUUCUCAGACAAAACUGGGUACACCUAUGUAUCUUGUCAUCUUUCCAGAGGGAACCCGCUACAACCCUGAGCUCCAGAAAGUGAUCAAUGACAGCCAGGCUUUUGCUGCUAAAGAAGGACUUGCUGUGCUGAAGCACGUUUUAACUCCAAGAAUGAAAGCAUCACACGUUGCCAUUGAGACUAUGAAGGAACACCUGGAUGCUGUAUAUGACAUAACCAUUGCAUAUGAGGGAAAACUUACAGCAGCUGGCCAGAGACAUCCAGCUCCUACAAUGCCAGAGUUUUUGUGCAAGGAAUGCCCCAGGGUGCACAUCCACUUCAACCGCUUGGACGUGAGGGAAAUUCCGGUGGAGCCAGUGUUCUUCAGAAGAUGGCUACAUGAAAGAUUUGAAAUCAAGGACAAGCUUCUAACUACUUUCUAUGAUUCUGAAGACCCUAAGAAAAAGUGGAGGUUCCCUGGAGAAAGCCAAAAGUCGCCUCUUAGUCUUACAAAGACAUUGCCUUCUCUGUUGAUUUUGGGUGGCCUCACUUUGCCAAUGUUGUUAACAGAGUCAGGUAGAAAACUCUAUCUCAAUACCUGGCUUUAUGGGACUCUGAUUGGAUGGGUGUGGAGUACAACUCUAAAAUGUAUGACUGUGACAGUUUACAGACACGGCGCUUGUUUUCACAAUAGCUCUGUUACACACACGACAUGCGAAUUACGAGCACAAAGUGCGGUGUGCGAAACGACUGCCAAAAAUACGUCAUCAAGGUCACAGGCAUUACUAUCCGAGGGAAGAUGAAUCGAUUCAACGAAGUGUGCAUGCGCCCCACCAAAGGUUUAAACCACUGGCGCUGAAAUGGCAGAUCAGCAGCCAAGCGCUCACACCUAGUCUCAGGUAAGUUAAUUAUUAUUAUUAUUUUUAAUCAGACAUGUUUAAGCAGGGGUCAUCAAACUUGUUCCAGGAGGUCAUGAGGUCGGAGCUAAACUCUGAAGGACACAGGCCCUCCAGGACCGAACUUGACAAGCCCUGUGUUUAAGGGUUAACAUUAGUUAUAACUAAUAACAGAGAGUAGCAAUAUUACAGAGAUAGUGUAGUGGGUUAGAUAAGAUCUCGGAGUACAUGUAACGUUAGGUGCUUAAAGAAGACAGUUGUUUAGGACAUUGGUUCCCAACCUGGGGUCCGCGCCCCUCUCAGGGGGUGCCAGAGUUCACAGGGGUGGCGCGGGAGCGGGAGCGGAUAUGCUUUGAGGGGAAUAAAGAUGCAUAAAAUGUUCUACUAAUAAUUUUAUGUAAAAAUAUUGUUUAAAGUUUAAAAAAAGUCAUAUGCUAACAAUGCCAAUUUCAAUUACAAUUUCGUUAUUUCAAAUGUAGGCCCGUUGCGCGUGGCAAGCGCGCUCAUAAUGUAAAAGAGACGCCGACGCGACCACAACAGUGGCCAACAUCAAAUGGCAAACAUAAUUCAAGCGGAACGAAACUGCUCGUUGUGUGGUUGACGGACCGUUUACCAGUUUGGACCAGUGCAGCGAUCGAGCCGAUCGUGAUCAUGCGACGCUGUUACUACACAGCACUAAUAAGAGAUCCAGUACAGAAAGCAUUUGAAUUUGCCACAGAAGUAAUAACAUCGCUGCGAGUUCUAGAGAGAAACAUUCACAUUUCUCCGUUAUUAACGGAUCAAACAGCGCGAGGAAACCAGGAAGAAACAUUGUGCCGUGAAUGAACUAUCCAGUGUCCAGAUCUGCAACAUUCACCAUGGAUUUACUGUAGUAACACUAACCGAACCAUGAAAGUUUGGCAGGAAUAGUAGGCUAUAAUGCCUUCAAGUAACAUUACGUCUGUUUUAUUUUGACUUGAAUACAAUUGCUGCUCUUAAAUGAUAAUCUGAAAUAAAAUAAACCUUGGUUUAUAACUACUACAAUUUCAUUUUUUUCCAAGAAGCUGUUUUGUUUUAUAUGCUCAUAAGAAGAAUCAAUUAUAGCUCCAGAAUUACUCAAAAGUAAAAAAUAUCACACUUUAUUAUGUUAGUUUUAAUAUAAAAAAAAAAAGAAAUCAAGGAAAUUUCUCUGGCAUUACUUUCUUUUUGCUGUAUCAAAACCGUACAGUGACACAAGUGUACCGAACCGAACCGUGAAUUUUGUGAACCGUUAAACCCGGGGGGGGGGGGUCACGGAUUGUUAAAUACGUACAUAGGGUGGGCCCCAAGGAAAAAGGUUGGGAACCACUGGUUUAGGAGGUCAUCACUGCAGCCUGUAGUGCGAUGAGAUAGGGUUACAUAAAAGAACUAGAAAAAAAAGUUUGUUGAGACUAACUUUAAGUUGGCUUGAGAAAGCCGACCAGAAGGUUUGAAGAAGUUUAAAGAAGUUAGAAGUUUAUAGUUUAAAGUUUGAUAGAUUAGU